AUGGCUUCGCCCAUUCUGCCAAACACGUCCAACUUCCUAGGCGUUGCGCUGGUGGUCAACCGGCUGCGCGAUGGGCCGCUGUUCGUCUUCCACUACCCGCCGCGCAUCCUGCAGCCGUGCGCCUCGGUCGCGCCCGGCGACGCGCCGCGGGAUGAGCUCGACGACGACGACGACCCCUUACUGAGCCAGACGUUUCGCCCGGCCUUCGCGGCCCCGACCCCCGGCUCGCUGCCGAAUCCCGUCGACCUGCAGAACUGGGAUCACGACGACCACCUCGAGACCGACAACGGCUCCCAGAUAGUACCCUGGGAGCACGUCGCCGGCUACCCCACCAAGGACCUCGAGAGCCUCCUCACGCCCAGCCGUGCCUUCCACAAGAGGCUCUUCCAGGUCUCCCUCGAGCAGCUCUGCUUUGUGUCCCACCCCAUCUACGUUCCGGAGAACGGCGUCUGGCGGAAGAAGAAGAAGAAGCAGCCCAGGUACCAACCGCCCAAGUCGCCCGAGAACCCGGACGCCGCCAGUAAGAUGGCCGACUCCACCAUUCUUGCGAGCGACGUGCUCCAGAUCGAGACCCGAGACAUGGCCGAGGACGGCGCCGGUGCUGCUGCCGCCGGGAGCGGCGCCCCCGACGUCGAGACCGACGAGAAGAAGAGUGGGAUGACCAUGUUCAACCUCGUCUUCAUCCUCAACCCCAAGAAGCACGAAGCCAGGGAGCUGGCCGAGAAUCUCUACCUCCACAUCAUAAAGAAAAUCAACAAGCCGUACAAGUACAGCCAGCAGAAGAGCGACUUCGUCUGGAAAGAGUCGAAGCGCAUAUUAACCCUGAAGGACAAGGGGCGCGAAGCAAAGACCAGGAUGAGCACCCUCUGGAGGGAGAUCCUGGACGUUUCCUCCCUGGCCGCGUCUAUACAGGACGUCUACGAGGCCGUCUCCCACAACAAGAUCGCCGCGCUGCAGCUCGAGACAGCCGAAGGCAGCAUCACCCACUCGGUCCAGAUCCCGGUGCCCUUCUACCUCGCCGACCUGCCUCCCGAGGAGGAGAGCGGGUCCAAGGGGCUGUGGAUCACGACCGCGAACUCCUUCAUCGAGGGCGACAACCUCAACGACCCCGCCUUCCUCGACAAGAACUUCGCCCUGCUCCUCAUGAGCGACGAGAAGAAGAUCGUCGCCGAGCUCCAGGCCGACCCCGACGAGACCACAGCCGCCAUGAUCGAGUUCGUGCGGCUCUCGAAGCCGACUACCUCGUUCUACCAGAUCAGCCAGGGCACCGCCCUGUCGCCGGCGCAGGUGCGCAGGUACGCGCAGCACUUCAUCUUCUGGCGGCGGGCGAUCGCGAUCCCGCCGCUGCACGCGCGGGACGUGUACGUGCUCUCGCCCAACAGCGACACGAGCCGGCUGCCGCGCGCGAGCCAGGCGUGGGCGCGGGCGUUCCCGCUGGCGCCGCCGCUGCCCGAGUUCCUCGCCGUCCUGUCGGCCGCCCCGCGCCCCUACAAGCUCUUCGCGCCGAGCAAGAACCACCGGCCGGCCUACCUCGCCAUGCUCGCCUGGCUCAUGCGCGGCGGCUGGGUCACCCAGCUCUGCACCUUCGCCUACGUCGUCGUCUGGCCCGAGAUCCGCUACGAGGUCGACUACGAGCUUGAGGCCGACGAGCUGCGCGCCGCCGCCGCCCGCCACCGCGGGGACGCCGAGGACGACGAGCUGCGGGACGAGGAAGACGUCGCCGCCUCGUCCUCGUCUUCCGGCGCCGCCGCCGACGACGACCGCUCCGCCUCCCGCGCCGCCGCCUCCUCCUCCUCGCCCGGCCCCCUCUCCUCCCCCGAGGUCCACGCGCAUUCCCCCAUGUCCCUGGGCCCCGAAGCCGGCGCGGACAGUGCCGGCAGCCCGGCGAUCAGCAUCAGCGCUGCUGCUGGAUCUGCGACGACGGCAACAACGACGACGACGACGACGACGACGACGCCAGCGACAGCCCCCUCGCCGGUACCCUCACCCUCCCCGUCGGCCGCGACGACGACGACGACGACGACGGGCCAGCGCGCGGCGGAGCAGGCGCGGCUCGAGCGCAUCGCCACGCGGGCGCACCGCAAGGCGGCCGAGAAGGCGGCGCACCACGCGCGGCGCCCCGUGCCGCGCGCGACGCCGCACCCCUCGACCAACGACGCCCCGCACCUCGCGCACCUGUCGCCCUACGUCAUCGUCGACGCCGGCCGCGCCGCCGGCCGCGACUCGCACUACCUGUCGGCGAUCGGGAAGCGGCUGCGGGCCCGCGCCGACGGCGCCGCUACUGCUACCGCUACUACUGCUACUGCUACUACGACGAGUGCAGGUGGCCCCGCUGCGGCCGCAGACGCUACGACCGCGACCCCCAACACGGGCGCAGCGGCGGCGGGGGGCCCUUCCCCGAUCCCCGCUCCGGCCCCUACGCCCACCACCGCCACCACCACCACCACCACCACCGCGGCGACCCCGGCGCGCCCGCGCGCCCCCCCGCGCCACGCCGCCCUCGACCCGGCCGCCGCCUGGCCCGUCUUCUGGAAGUACUUCGACGGCCGCAGCGCGCUCGAGCGCGUCGCGCUGCACGAGGACCUGCGCCGCCGCGACGCCUGGGCCCUCCUCGCCGCCAUGAGCGAGCACCUGCUCUGCGUCCGCCACUGGUGA